GUUUACUUGGUCCAAACACUGGAAGAAAAUGGUCACGUUUACAAUUUUUCUUUUUGCGUGUUUUUAAUAAAUGUAAAACAUUCAAAAAAUACUUCAAACAGUUUUUAAAAACACAAUUUAAACUGUGACAUAAAGGGGGAUUAGGGUUAAUUGUGCGUUUUUUGGUGCAAGAGGAAAUUGUCUGGUGUGUUUGGGCUGUCCAAUGCGGGGAGAGCAUAAGGCGGAAGUACAUGGUAGGGAGUUCUCUUGCUCCGCGUUUGAGAUUUCCACGCCGUGUUUUCUCUCUGCUGCUCCCGUUUUGUGUGGUAGGGGGAUGGGGUCCUGCCGAGGAUGAGAGACUCCAAAUAUUUACCACUUGGCUGACUAAAAAGCUUUAUUUUUGACCUUAGUCUUCUCAUUUUUUACUGGGUGUAUAAAUACUCGUUAUCUACGCAUGAGUUUGACCAGAGUUCUGCCUUUGUAAAGUGGAGCAUCUGCACGUCCACAACAAACGCCUCAGAAAGUCGACAAAAUGUAUCCUGCUGGAGGAGAGCCCCCAUCUUCCCCAGUACCAGAAUAUGUGUUCAAGCCGCCAUCCCGGCCAGACUUUGGUACUAUGGGCAGGACAAUCAAGCUCCAGGCCAAUUUCUUUGAGAUGGAAAUCCCAAAAUUGGAGGUCUACCAUUACGACAUAGACAUCAAACCUGAAAAAUGCCCCAGGAGGGUAAACCGAGAAAUUGUGGAGCACAUGGUCCAGCACUUUAAAACUCAGAUCUUUGGGGAUAGAAAGCCGGUGUAUGACGGACGAAAGAACCUCUACACUGCCAUGGCUUUGCCCAUAGGCAGAGAAAAAGUGGAGCUGGAGGUGACGAUUCCAGGUGAAGGCAAAGACCGCAUUUUUAAGGUGGCAAUCAAAUGGGUGUCCUGUGUCAGCCUGCAAGCUCUGCACGAAGCACUGUCAGGGCGGCUUCCCAGUGUUCCCUUUGAGACCAUCCAAGCCUUGGAUGUGGUCAUGAGACAUUUGCCUUCCAUGAGGUACACCCCCGUUGGGCGGUCUUUCUUUACUCCUUCAGAAGCCUGCUCCAACCCUCUGGGAGGCGGCAGAGAAGUGUGGUUUGGUUUCCAUCAGUCAGUCCGGCCUUCCCUGUGGAAAAUGAUGCUCAACAUCGACGUUUCAGCCACAGCUUUCUACAAAGCUCAGCCGGUAAUCGAGUUCAUGUGUGAAGUUUUGGAUUUUAAGAGCAUUGAAGAACAACAGAAACCUUUAACAGACUCUCAACGAGUAAAAUUUACAAAAGAAAUUAAAGGCCUCAAGGUUGAGAUAACUCACUGUGGACAGAUGAAGAGGAAGUACAGAGUUUGCAACGUUACCAGACGACCAGCCAGCCACCAAACGUUCCCCUUACAACAGGAGAACGGCCAAACAAUCGAAUGCACAGUAGCCCAGUACUUUAAAGACAAAUACAAGCUCAUCCUGCGAUAUCCCCACCUUCCAUGUUUACAGGUGGGACAAGAGCAAAAGCACACCUACCUCCCGCUAGAGGUAUGUAACAUUGUGGCAGGGCAGCGCUGCAUCAAAAAGCUGACAGACAAUCAGACUUCCACUAUGAUCCGUGCCACAGCCCGAUCGGCACCAGACCGUCAGGAUGAGAUCAGCAAACUGAUGAGAAGCGCCAACUUUAACACUGACCCCUACGUUCGUGAGUUUGGAGUGAUGGUUAGAGAUGAAAUGACCGAAGUGAACGGCCGCGUCCUGCAAGCACCUUCAAUACUGUACGGCGGCAGGAACAAGGCAAUCGCCACACCGAUUCAGGGGGUGUGGGACAUGAGGAACAAGCAGUUCCACACUGGCAUUGAGAUCAAGGUGUGGGCCAUCGCCUGCUUUGCCCCUCAGAGACAGUGCACUGAGCUCCUGCUUAAAGCUUUCACGGAUCAGCUGAGGAAGAUCUCUCGCGAUGCAGGGAUGCCCAUCCAAGGUCAGCCUUGCUUCUGCAAGUACGCCCAGGGAGCCGACAGCGUGGAGCCCAUGUUCAGACACCUCAAGUACACCUACCAGGGACUUCAGCUGGUGGUGGUCAUCCUCCCUGGAAAGACACCCGUCUAUGCUGAGGUGAAGCGUGUCGGGGAUACGGUACUUGGAAUGGCCACUCAGUGUGUGCAGGUGAAAAACGUGCAGAAGACCACACCCCAGACUCUCUCCAAUCUCUGUUUGAAGAUCAAUGUCAAGCUGGGCGGAGUCAAUAACAUCCUCCUCCCUCAGGGCAGGCCGAUGGUGUUCCAGCAGCCUGUGAUUUUCCUGGGAUCAGAUGUGACUCACCCCCCUGCUGGAGAUGGAAAGAAACCUUCCAUUGCUGCUGUGGUCGGUAGCAUGGAUGCACAUCCCAGUCGGUACUGUGCCACAGUGCGAGUGCAGCAGCACCGCCAAGAUAUCAUCCAAGACCUGGCCAACAUGGUGAGGGAGCUGCUCAUCCAGUUCUACAAGUCCACGCGCUUCAAGCCAACUCGGAUCAUCUACUAUCGAGAUGGCAUCUCUGAGGGCCAGUUCAACCAGGUUCUUCAGCAUGAGCUGCUGGCCAUCCGAGAGGCUUGCAUCAAACUGGAGAAGGAUUACCAGCCUGGUAUUACCUUUGUGGUUGUGCAGAAGAGACACCACACACGGCUCUUCUGCAUGGACAGAAACGAGAGGGUUGGGAAAAGUGGCAACAUCCCUGCUGGGACCACAGUGGACACCAAAAUCACUCACCCAUCAGAGUUCGACUUCUACCUUUGCAGUCACGCUGGCAUUCAGGGAACCAGUAGGCCGUCUCACUACCAUGUGCUUUGGGACGACAACCACUUCUCAUCAGAUGAACUGCAGGUCCUCACUUAUCAGCUCUGCCACACCUACGUGCGCUGCACUCGCUCGGUUUCCAUCCCAGCACCAGCCUACUACGCCCAUUUGGUGGCUUUCCGAGCUCGCUACCAUUUGGUGGACAAAGAGCAUGACAGCGCUGAGGGCAGCCAUACGUCAGGCCAGAGCAACGGACGCGACCACCAGGCUCUGGCAAAGGCCGUUCAGAUCCACCAGGACACGCUGCGCACCAUGUACUUUGCCUAAGAGCACACAGCCUGGGUUUGUGAGUGCUGAAACACGCUUCCCUUUGCCGUCGUGUUCAGUUUCAGAUUCCCUCACCCUCCAGACCCGUCAGUUCGUUUGACCAAAACCGAGCUGGAAGCUCACACGUUUAGAAUCGCUCUGUUCUUUUAUUAGCCGCCAAAAAAGACCAUUUGAAAGGAUGUUAAAGUAGUUACUGAACGGAUGGGUGUUGAUAUUCACCACAAUUCUCCUGAUUUUGUUCACUAAGCUGUUUGUGCUUGGAGAGAAAAGAAAAAUCAGUAAAUGAGGGUGUUCAUGUACCGCUUAGAGCUCUGACAGCCAAUCAAAUCAAAGUGCACUGACCAAGAUGGGUACUUCAGCUAGAACACAAGUACUUAGUACAAUGAGACCUCUUCAAGGUUUCCCCCUUUUCCUUUGUAGGGCAUUAUGUGGUGAAAUGUGCCAAUCAAAGAGCAUCAUUCUUUUAUCACAUCUGUUAAACUUUAUGAAUUGAUUGGCUGAGUUUUCAGUGCUCGGACCAGUGGAUCAUUGAGUGCCGAACCCGAUGACGGCUAAAGAAUCCUUUUGAUGUUGGCUGACAGAGCAGCAGUUUUAUUCCCAUUGUAGUAAUUUUGAAACGUCGCUGCAGUGACUCUACCGGGACCGGUUCCCAACAGCGACGCCUUUUUAUGGUAUUUUGAGCCGUGUGGAUGAGAUGUAAAAUAACUGACCGAGGGAAACGCGAUGAAAUCUUAUUAGAAUCAUAAUGUGGCUUCUUAGUGUCCAGGCACAGCAGAGUUUUUAGAUUUGAACUGAUCAAUCAUCUCUAAACCAACCUCUUGAUUGGAGUUUGCUCGUGAGCGGUCAUCGCACAAAGGGUUGAGGUUUAUGCAAAAAAAAACAACACUUUUUCUGAAUCCUUUUGCUAUGUAGUCAUGAUGCAGAUGAGGUCUAUUUUGAAUAAGCUUUCCAUGGAGGCUGUUGAAAAGUUUUAGUACUUUUUUAAGAGACUUGCCCACAUGUUAUCUAAAUUAUCUAUUUGUAUAUAAAAUGCAAAUGUUUAGUCUUCUAAGACUGUUACAGUCUUAGUGAUUGAAUUAAUGUUGUGCAUUCCGCAUUAGUUUGAUUACUAAGCUGGAGACUUGUUUUGAUUGAAGGCGAGUAGUCUAUUUUCUUACUAUGCACCGUUUUUAACGAGGAGAUUUUGAUGUGAAGCAUCCCGCAUUUCUAAAAGUAAUACAGGCGUAGAACAUCAGGGCUCUCUGUGUUGCCAUUUUAUGUUUUUUUUUUUUUUCAUUUUAGUAGCUUGUCUUUGCAUCUUUAAGGCUUUCUAACACGAUGAAGUAUUUAUGUGGCCAUUGGUAACUUUAGAUUUUAUAGCUUCGGUGUAUCCUUUUGUAACACAGAAUCUUUCUUAGCCAAAACAAGAUUAACGAAUAUGGAAACCAUGUAGAAGCACAAAAGGACAUUUAAAUAAAACUUUGGUGCUAAAAGUUUUCACUGUAAACCACCUCGAUUCCUCACUGGACUGGCUCACGGGGCUUUUUGGAGCAUCCCUCGUCCCCGUGACUUCUAUGUCUCCUUUCUACUCAUUACUUGUAAAGCAACAAGAAAUCCGACUGACUGUGUUUGCGGGGCAUUCUGAAAAUCGUGUACUUGAUAUUUACUGUUAUGAUGUCAAAUAUAUUUCGUAUCGGUGCUGGUGUCACAACAUGUACAAUUGGAUGCACUUUUGAUCGCAGAAUUUUUGCUUUAUGGAUGUGUUUUUUUAACAGGAGGCUCGGCCAUGUUGUGAGACACUGGUGUAAUUGCAUGGAAAUGGUUGUGUGUUCUACCUCUUGUUACCUGUUCUAAGUGUUAUGGUAACAUCACACCGCUGGCCAUUUCUGUAUAAUUACUCCUGCAAUCUGAUUGGCGAGGGCUGAGUCUUGCAUUGACAGUAGGGGUUUGAAACGCUUCAUGGUAUUGCAAUUUUCUUGGUUUCCUAUUUCCUUGAAAGUUUUUGUUUUUUUUCUUGUAUCCCAAAAACUCAUUACCAAGUGUGUGUUUUUCCUUUGAAAAUAAUUGUGUGUUUAGCUUUUUUUUAAACUAAAUUCCUAAAGUGUGUUUACAUCUUCACACGGCUUUUUCUGCUUUUUUUUUUUCUUCUAUGCACACUAAAAUCAGACGUCCCUUUUCCGCCAGAGCCGUUCAAAAUGUCCCGUAACCCCCAGAAAGGUUCUGUUGGACGUUUGAGUUUGUCGAGUCCUUGUAAUUCAUCGAGUCAUUUCCACUUCCUACGACCUCCCGUCUCUUAAAGGGACUCGUAUUCAUUAGUGGCGCACGCCGUUUCCCUGAACUAUGUCAGUUACUCCAAACACAAUGCCUUGUAAAGUUUGAUGUGGAUUUUAAGAGGGAGAAGAGUUUGUUUCUGUUAUUGCUUUACAUUACUUACACCAGCACCUUAUAUAGUACCAGAUGCUCUUUUUUCUUUUUUUUUUCUUUUUUUUGGAGAAUGAAACUUUUGACAAUGUUGCUUUUGCACUAAACAAAAAAGCAUAGAAUUGUAGCAAUUCAUGCAUUUACAACAUUAAGUGGACAAACUCACUGCCAUUUUUGUUUUCAUUUUAUUUAAAGAAGUUUCUUUUCAGCUUUGCUGUUUUUCAAAGUAAAAUCCAACAGACUGCAGUCCUGCGUUCUCUUCUUCAUACCAAAGUGAUUCUGGUUCCGAAACGACCAGUUCUUUCAGUUUGAACGCCAAAGCGCCCCCCUCCCCCCAAUCCAAGAGAGAUUAUUUUCCUACUGCUUUCCUAUUUUAGUAUCACAAACUGUUGGACUCUAAAGAUUGAGUUUGUGUGAUGGAAACGGCGGUUUUACCAGAGGAGAUGCUGGAGGACAUCUGUGCUGAUGAACCAUUUAUGAGCUAACAAACUUUUGCUAGCUAAACUAGCGCCUUUCGGAACAGUGAGGAGGAAGUUAUUUCUGGAGCUCAACACUUGCUUUGUACUGUUGACAGUUAGUUUGCUUUCUGCAAAGUGUUGAACUGUGUUUGGACAUUUAACCACAUAUCAAGACCCAGCAGAGGCUCAAUGUUUACAGAACAAUCUACCGCAGCCCAGAUGAAUGUGGCUCCAGUUAGUGGAAGUCGGCUCUCCAACGAGCUUUUACAAUACAUUCUCUUUUGUGAUUUUUCUUACAAGUGGCCAAAAUUUGAAGGUUCCAGUUCGAGUAUUUUAGCAAACAAAAUCGUCUAUCGUGAUGUUUCCGAGCAGCUUUCCUGCUUGUGUCGCAUAUCUGAUGUUUUGACAGAAGCUGCAACUAAAUUUCCAAAGUGUUCGACGGUCGUUCUUGCUGUGACGCAAUCGGGACAGAGAACAGCCCAUCCACGCGUGAGUUUUUCACUAAAUGUUACUGUUUAAGCACGUCUUGUGUCUGCUGCUUAUUCAUCUCUUGUAGAGAAACUUUAGCUUGUUUUUAAAAGAAAAAAAAAGAAAAGUUUGUAGAGGUAAACCCCUUUUCCCAGCUUCAGAUUAUAUGAAUGUAAUUUGUCUUUUUUAAGUUAAUAUUUGAAAAGCUAGUAGUCCAGUACAUUUACAAUCAUCUCUACAUUUUCUGUUUUUUUACCUUUUUUUAUUUUGUUUUUCCUCAAAUAAUUGAUAAAUUGACACAUCACAGCUGACGUUGCUUAUUGAUUCGCUCAAAUAUUUCAUACGGGUGCACAAAGGAUUUUUGUUUUUCUGGCAUCCUUCUUGUGUACGGUGCUAUAGAGGAGAGCUGUGUGUAGAAUCUAUAUGUAAUAAUAUAGAUGUAUGGAUUGUUUUGUUGUUUGUUUUGCUUCAGCCUCUGGGUUGUCUUGUAAAGCCAUUUCCUAAGCUCGGCUUUUCUAACCCAUAUAAGCUUUUUUCCUUUAGUCGGCUGUAUUUCUGCUCGUCCUUUUAAGUCAGUCAUCCAUCAUUUUCAUGAAGCUUCAUCAGACACAAUUAGUUUCGUUCUUGUAGAUUUUUGUUUUUGUGCCCAUUUUGGCACCUUGGUGAAAGUUAUUUAUAACCACCGGUGCAGAGAGCUGACAUGACAGGACAUUCAAAAAUAUUAAUCAAUUCUUCCCCCAAAUUCAUGAUUUGUGGCCACAAAUUGAUAUUUUGUGCACAAAUUAGCAUUUUGUUGUCACAAUUUCACAUAUUCUGUGCCCACAAAUAAACAUUUUAGUAUUUUCAGAUCUUACUAAUGUAGCUUGUGCCUGCAAAAAAGUGAUUUAGGUUACAAAAUACUGAUUUUUGCACAUAAAAUGCUAAAUUGUGGCCACAAAAUGCACAUUUUUGAAGGGAAAAUCUAAUAAAAUGAUUAUUUGUGGCAACAAAAUAUCUCAUUGUUGCUACAUAGUGCUAAUGUGUGUACAGAAGACUAAUUACUAGUUUGAGGGAUUUUUUAUUUUUUAUUUUUGAGUGUCAUGUUCUGGUCUCUGUACUUCAUUUACUUAUGGACAACAACUUCAAGCUGGAUACUAUCAUGUCUGAGGAGAGCCUCUAGUUUUUUUUGUUUUUACUAGAUGAAGCUUUUAAUCAUCUGGACUGUCCUAACUACCUGUUCAAUGUUAACCAGAUCUCUGUUAAAAUCUCUUUUUAAUUUUUUUUAUUUUAGUUGUUCCAAGUUGUGUUGAUGAAUCCACCUUUUCCUGCACGGCUUGUAGAAUUGUCUACUGAGGUCAGUUCAUGAUUAAAGCCAGAAAACGUUUGCAGUCCCACGUCUAUCGGUAGUUGAUGAUCAAAGUGGAGCCUCAGAGACUCGAGCAGGUUAAAGAAAGUAAGAACGUUUGGGUUUUCAGGCGUGAGAUCUUCACUGUUAAUCAGCUUCAAACCAACGGCUGUCAGAAUCUAAACCUGGAUUUCUUCCCUUCUUAAAGCAAGUCUCCAGAAUGACUAGCUUUUAUAUUUACAAAGUUAAGAAUUCAAACUACCUCAGAACAUGAUCGGGUGCUAACUUAAACCCCAAGUUUUUAAGAGAGGCUGCAAAUGAACUAUUGUAGUGACCAAACCAGUACAAGCCAUCAUCGGAGAUCCCACUUUGUUAGAGACUGAGUGGUUUUAGUUGGUUAGUUUUAGGGGACCAAAUGUUUCAUAACUAGAAUGUUCUAGUGGAUCAUUUAGGAUUUUAACCAUUUUUCAUGACUGGAUGUUUCUUUUAAUGUGCCAUCACAAUAGUAAUUGACUUGGCGCUGAUGUGGACGAUGGAUCGUAAUGUCAACGAAGGCUGGCGGGACAAAUGGCGUGCAAGUUAGACGCAGCUUUUCCUGUUUUUUUUAGUGUAGUUUUGCUUUUUCCCGUUUGCAAUAAAUCUCGUCUCAGUUCUGCUUUUCUUACCAGUAGGCUCCAUUUAUAAAGGGGAUGACUAACAAAGGGAAUAUACACGUUUGAACAAACCCAUCAUGCUCAUCAGAUCACUCGACUAAAGGUACAUGUGAGGUUUUUAGUUUAUUUUUUGGGUCACUAUAACUGCAGACUUAGUCUAAAACUGAGUUUGCAGUUUCUUUAUAUGUGCCUGUAUUGUCAGAUCUCUCCGUUUGCUCCAAAGGUUUUCAACUUCCGACUAAAAUCAAACCCAGUUUAACUGAAAAAAAGUCAUGUUUUUAUUGUUAUGCAACCUGGUGUGUAGAUGCUGCAUUUAACGAUCAGUAUUUUUGUUUUGCACUUUCAAAGCAGUCUGACAGGAAUUUUAAAAAAAAAGUGCCCGUGUAAGGUUUGGGCAAAAACUAAAAUAACUGACGAGGUAUUCUGUGCUAUUAAUAGGAAUAUAAGAAUUAUAUAAUUUCAAAAAGCUUUUCUAAAAAAAAAAAAUAAAGGUUGAUAUAUCUAUAAAUAUAUAUAUAUAUUCAUGAAGUACCUCAUAAGCCUGAUAUAUGCUGCAUUGACUUUUUCCUCUUCGGUGUACUUCAUAAUCUCCACAUACAUUUGAUUCAUUUCCAUUUUAAGGAGGUUUGAUUGUUAUAAUCAGCUUUGUGCACGCAGCUACACAAAUAUUCUUCACUGUCAGAAAACGUAUUAAUGAUGUUUACCACUCAGCUCCCACACUUUGUCUUAACAUGACCUUCCUGCCACAGGUGAGGUUUCUAUUUAACCUUAAGCGUGAUAAAACGGAGCUCGGACACAUGGCUGUCAUCACCAUGUUAUCUACCUCUCAUGAAUGUAGAGUCUGUCCUGGAAUUGUAAUCCACUACCAAGCUUUUAUUUUGAUCAGACAAUCUUCUUUGAACUCUAAAGUUGAUCAAACUUUGCUUUAGGGAAACUACCCCCCCUCCCUCCACAGACCCAUUUUCUGCUUUCAUCAUUUUCAGUUAUAGAAAAGUAAAGUGUAUUUGCAGAGGCUGCUGCACAAAGCUGAAUGACUUCAGUCUUCCUCCGUUCAUGUCAUCUUUUCUCCCUUAUUUAAACCGUAUAAUGCCAAAUCUGAAUUUGUUGUCAUUCCUGAGUUGGUGAGGGUCUUCAUGUUGCUGAAUUCUUUUCUUCAUAUCCACUGCAAAAACUCCUUGAUCCUCUUGUUGUGAACUUGUAAGCUUUUAUUUUUCUUUUAACAUUUUCUUGUUUGUUUGUUUUUUUGGUAACAUUUAUGCUUACAGAACACAAGAUAUGCUGUAAACCCUGUUAGACCAUAAUGUGAAUACGUAUCACUUCAUAUAGCUUACUCUUCUGGCUUGACUGUAAGUUGCGUUAAAUAAAAAUGUUUCAAAUAAA